UCGUUAGGUUUGCUUUGAACAUUUGACUUAAAGAACAUGUUCCCGAUUCUGUGAAAAGCAUUCAGGUUGUUCUCUAAGUGAAUUCUUUAACUUCAGUAAACAUUUUUAGCCUAAUGAGAAAGUUCCUAUCUAUUUAAAAAUCGAAAUACAUACAUUUUAUUUAGGAGGAUCCUUUAAUUGUUGUUAAAAAUGAAUCCGAUGCUGAAAAAUCAAUUAUUAAAAUAGAACCCAGCAACUUUGAUGAAACUAAAGACUUUGAAUUUGAAAGUUCAACGCAAAUCGAAAGCACAAAAUAUCUAGAUCAAGAGGAAGAUGACGAAGAAUUAAUCGAGGAAGAGGAAGCGUCUUUAAACAGUCAAGAAGAAGGUGAAUCUCAAGAAUCUGAGCCAGAAGAAGAUGAAGCCACAACACAAAAACCGACUAAUACAAAUGGUGUAACAUCGUCAUUUGUCAGCAAUUUUAUGAAAUCGGAAGAAAAUGUUAACGUUUUAAUUGCAGCUUUUAAGGAUCAACCCCAAUUAUGGAAUAAAACGAUGUCGCAUUAUGGAAAUAAAUUGAAAAGACGAGAAUAUAUGAUUAAAAUUGCUCAAGAUCUCAAUUUAAAUCAUAAAAUAGAUAUUAAUGGAAGUCAAGUUUCUGCCGUUAUUGUACAUUUGUAUCGGAAAUAUCAAGAUGAUUUGCACAGAACUCAGGAGAAAGACGAUGGCAAAAGACAGAUCUAUGUAAAGCCUUGGUAUCUUGCGCAGUUAGACUUCAUCAAACCCUAUUUAGAAAAAUUUUCUCUAAAAGUUUUAGCUCCGCAUCAUACUAAUUUAUUGCCAGACCAAAUUCGUCGAAUUUUGGAAAUCUACAGAUGUUUACCACAUCUUUGGAAUUCAAAUCUAAUUGAAAACCAUUGUAAAAAUAAACGUCAUGAAAGUAUACUUGAAAUGCUGAAGCAAAUGGAAACAAAACUGAAUUUAAAUAUUAAUGAAAACGAAUUGGAACAGUAUUUACGUACUAUACACAAUAACUUUUCUAGAGAGAAACGACGAAUAUUGAAUGAUAAAAAAGCCGGUAAAUCAGAUAACGAUGAACAACCCGAUAAUGAAUACUACGAGUCAUUAUUGUUUCUGUAUGAUCAUGUUCCUCCCUUGAGAUGUUCUGUGUGUGGGGGUGAAUCUAUAAGUCCUCUACAUUUUAAAAUGCACACAUCCACACAUGAUGGUACAAUGCCUUUUACUUGUUCGCAAUGUAAUAAAACAUUUAAACGUGUUAAUGUUUAUACGAGCCAUGCGAAACGUCACUUUCUGGAUCUCAAUUACAUAUGUAAGGAAUGUGGUAAGAAGUUUGUUAAUUAUACGAAUUUAAGAUUGCACAUGCGUAUUCAUACUGGCGACAAGCCCUAUUGUUGCGAAAUGUGUGGCGAUUCAUUUCGAUUUCUUCAGACUUUAAGUAAUCAUCGUAGGCGACAUGAAAAGCGUUAUUUGCAUACGUGUAAAAUAUGUUCUCAAGGUUUUUAUUCAAAAAUGCGACACGAUGAUCACAUGAAUUCGCAUAUGAAUAUACGACCGCAUAUAUGUGAUAUAUGCAAUAAGACUUUCAUUACAAAACGAGCCCUGAAACAACAUAAAGUUGUUCAUGAAGAUGUUAGAAAUUAUGCCUGUAAGUUAUGUGGUAAAACGUUUAAACAUAAAACUGGUGUAAACCAGCACAUGAAGACGCAUGAUAUAGCAACCAAUGAAGAAAGAAGCCUUGUUUAAAUAAAAAAUAAUUAAAACGUUUUAAAUAUCUAUGUAUAUACAUACUUGCAUGUAUUUAACGUUGUUUUUAUUAGUUUUAAAAUUCUGUAGAAAAUAAUUUUAUGUUUAUACCUAUUUAGUGGUAGAUUUAAGUCAAUAAAAUUCAAAUUUAAUUAAAAAUAAAAGAUUCUA